AUGACAUCCGAGCGCACAGCCAAUUCACGCAGUCUCAAUUAUAUGUUCACUCUACAAGAACUAUUUCACAGCCGAUCCUUGUCAACUUACUGUAAUAGUGGUGUACCAUCAUUUGCAUUACCAAAGGAUUUCAAACUUGUCAAUCUUCAAGAAAUCGGUUUUGAAGAUCCAAUUGAAGAUCUUCGAGUUUGUUCGCCACAAACAUGGGAAUGGAUAGUACAAAUUCUUGCUCUUGCAUCCAAUUUACGAAGUAUUUAUAUUGUAAGCGCUUUCGAAGGUAUAAAAUUAAUCAUCCAACGUUUACAUGAAAUAAUCAGUCCGGCACAACAAAACCAAAUGAAACAUUUUGAUAUCAUAUUAGGUGGUGGUCGUUCUGAUGAGGAUAUUCAUUAUCCGUAUUCAACAUUUUUCGAUAAAUUAUCUACACUCUUCCCAAAUUUGGAAACAAUCACUCUUUUUAUGGAUCAAGAAGAACUCGAUGAGUCUUACGAUUCAUUCACAUCUCCAAAUACCACCACUACUAUUGCAUGUUGGAAAUUCGAAACAUUAAAAUAUGAUGUCGUUCUUAUCGAUAUGCCAGGUUACCGUCAUUUCAUCAAAAACAUGAUUACCAGCGCAUCACAAGCUGAUUGUACUAUUUUGAACAUUACUGUUACGGAUGAUUUCGAAGCUAGUAUUUGUAGAGCAGGUCAAACUCGUGAACAUGUGCUAUUCGCAUUCACUUUGGGCAUCAGACAUCUGAUAUUUAUUGCUAUCAAUAAAAUGGAUACUACUGAUUCACCUUACUCAGAAAGUCGCUUUGAAGAAAUCAAAGCUGGAGUAUCACGUUAUAUAAAAGGAUCGAUUAUCAUAGGUUGGUCAACUGAACGAAUAGAAGAUAAUGCAAGCGGUAAGACACUGCUCGAAGUCAUUCAUGCAGUGCCUCUACCUUCACGAUUGGUUGACAAACCACAUCGUUUAGCCAUAGAAAAUGUUUACAAUAUCGCGGGAACCGGAACCAAUUAA